UAGCACGCUAGCCCUCACAGCACAAUGGAGUUCGUCCUGGAGCCCGAGUCCACGGAGUCUUUGCAGGCCACGCUGGCUUUCAUCGAUGAAACACUGGACGACGCCUCUCCCAUCCGCUCACACUCAUCCAAUGCUCAAGCCCAGUCCCCCGACAGCGACGACUGGGAGACGUCCCACCUGCUCGACGACUUCCCCACUGAUAUCUCCUCGGACGCGUCCUCGCCAGGCGUCGCAGCGGACCUCGCCAUCGCUGCAGUCCCCACACCUUCCAGCCGCAAUGUCACCUUUUUAUUGGCGCCUGAAGCCCAACAUUUCGGGUCAUCGAGCCUUCUCAGCGCCAUUCCGACACCCCAGCAGCCCAUCCACAAGAAACGACGCAAUUACAACCCGAACAAGGCACGGGAGGAUCUCCAACGAGAGUUGACGUAUCUCCGCAGUGAAGCAGACGAGCUGGAAGUUAAGUUGCACCAGCUACAGUCUCUCAAGGUCGCCAAAACUAAAGACGGCUCGAGCGUCCGCCAGUUGGCGACUCAACCAGUAGAUAGCCGUACUCCAUUUGUGUGGGAACAAACCUGCGCUCGUCAACUUGAAUGUCGACUUCGAUCCGAGCGUGAAAAUGCUCACUUAAAGAUGCUACUGGAGGGGCAGAUCCAGGUCGCUAAGAGCCUCGAGAAGCUUCUGAACAAGCGCACAACGUUGUAUCCCUCCGAGUCGUCCGGGAGUAAACAGACUACGCGCAUUCACGUGUCAAGAACCGGCAACGAAGUCGCUGAUGCUGUUGUAUUCGAGGAACUGGCUGAUGGUGUUGACGCGUCGUACCGUGAAGUGGAGCGUGUGUUCGCUUCCAGCGGCCUCGAACUCUCGAACGUAUCGUCACGCAAAGCUCAAAUGCGUGACGCUAAUACCGGCAUGUUCCUCGAGAUUUUCGAUAGUAAAGUUCUUCCUUUCAGUAUGCACGCUACGGGCGAAGCGUGGUGGCGUCGAUGGAACCAUUUCAAUCCUAACCGAGGCAGUUGCCAUCGAUUGGAGAGCACGGACGACACGAUUGUCGAGCAUUUCGGCAUGGAAAUGAGCGACUCAAAGGCCAAGACGAGCGCCAAGUUCUACGUGCAGCAAAUUCUGCGCCGAUACAUCGAGGAAAACCGCGUUGUCGUGGUGUGGCAGUCGCACAUUGAACCGCUGGAGUUUUCACACAAGAAGCUCGCCGGCAUCCGCUUCCGAGAGAAAGGAUACGUGGUCAUUAAGCCCCACCAGGUCUCUCAGGACGAAACAUACACGCUCGUGCAGACCUGCCAUAUCAUAAAGCCGGAUCUGUCAGAUCAGAGACUCAAGAAGGACGCGAGGACCGGCGCGUUGGCGGAAUUCGUCCUCAGUGCCACAGUCGCAAAUAUCGCGGCAAGUGCCGAGAUGAUUGAAGGAUUGCUGGUGGACGAGGCACUGCAGCAACGCAGUCGUAUCUAAUUAUUGGUACGGCGUAGGUGUGGAUGUUAUACAUGUAUUGCAUAAGGCCAACAAGAUUUUGUAUUCAUUCAUAAAUCCUAGCAACAAUCUGUCCAAGG